CUCUUUUAGAAUUUGUCCAGCAGGUUUUCCGGUUUGUACCGGAAAACCCUUAAUCCAGAGUGUAUUCAACAAUAGAAAGAGUUGGGGUGUAAGCGAGUUGGUGUCUGAUUGACUGGUCUUAGUUAAAUAUCCGAGGUCUCAACCUGUUUCCGAGGGCGCGGGGAGGUUGGGACUCCAUCAGUAAGCUUCCGGCUUCAGCUGAUACAGCUUCCCUUCCACCCCCACCCGCCUGGGAAGCUGCACUAGGAGAAGGUUCGCUUUUCUGGAGUGUUUCCGUGGCGCCGCUGCACGUGCAUCUUUUGUCCUAUGGCGUCCGCCUCGGCCCAAGCCGCUGCUUUGAGCGCGGAACAGGCCAAGGUGGUCCUGGCGGAGGUGAUCCAAGCGUUCUCGGCCCCGGAGAACGCCGUGCGCAUGGACGAGGCUCGUGAUAACGCGUGCAACGACAUGGGUAAGAUGCUGCAAUUCGUGCUGCCCGUGGCCACGCAGAUUCAGCAGGAGGUUAUCAAAGCCUAUGGCUUCAGCUGCGACGGGGAAGGUGUUCUUAAGUUUGCCCGCUUGGUCAAAUCUUACGAAGCUCAGGAUCCUGAGAUCGCCAGCCUGUCUGGCAAGCUGAAGGCGUUGUUCCUGCCGCCCAUGACCCUGCCGCCCCACGGACCUGCUUCGGGUGGCAGCGUGGCCGCCUCCUGAAGGUUGGCCCUCCCGUGGCACUGCCCGGGAAGGGAAGACCUUGGUGUUCUGGAGGAUAAUAAAUGUGCCUGGGACUUA